UCAGAAAGCCAGUGUGUUGUUGUGGGAAGCAACACACAGAGCCAGUUUCAGAUCUUUGCAUUGCUUGACAAUCACCUUGUACCUGCUGGACAUAUGUCUCUGGCCAAAGAUGAAAAGCCAAAAGGUAUGUGCAAUUUGCCUGCAGCCCUAGCUUCCAAUGCUGUAGGUGUCCUGGUCUUAGUUGGAACAGCAAAACCAACUGAUGCCACUUUCCCUUCCUCCAGCAGUUUGGCACAUUUCACUCUCAGCCUUACGGUUCUUCCCUACUAGACCAGAAAAGAUGCAACAGUUUUCCAGCUACCAUUCUCAGAAUCUCAAAGUACAGUCUUCUGGUGCACUAACAAAGGCGGACAGUGUACGUGAACUUAAAAGCCAGACUGUCGGUGAAUCACGCUUACAAACACGUACCUCCAGCUACAGAGGGGACAGAUCAACUCCCAGAAUGAAGUCUUCAGAGCCUGUGAAAGAGAAUUCUAUGGAACCAAUGACUGUGCAAGAGAAUUUUAUGGAACCAAUGACUAUCAGAGUUUCUCUUUCUCCUGAGGACUCACCUGUUGGUCUUAAAAAGCUAGUGGAGGAAGUGAACACAACCAACAGAUUACAGCCAUCUCCCUCUUUGGAGACUGAACUCGCUGACUUUUCUCACAGCUCACCCAAGUUUCUAAAUACAAAGUUGUCGCAUACAUUUGAAAUUAACAACAAUGUUCAUGACAGAAUUGAAGCGGCUACUUGUAAGGAAAGGAAAACUGAAACAGAACUGUUUCCAGCUCAUUCAAGAAUGUACAGUGGACAUGGAGAGACAGAGCCUUUCCACCAUGAUCGGAUGGCAGAAAUUGCCAGUGGCCUCCAUGGUGUAUUUACAGGGGUCAAAGUGGCACCAACUGACCCUUCAGACUUACACACAGAAAUUAAUGGUGCUCAUCAUCAACAGAUCCAACCCCAUGGGGAGAGCAAGGAGGCUCUUAGCCCUCUGCUGGUGCUGCCCCCAGGUAGAGAUGGUGCUGGGGGGAAGCUAACUGAUGACAAAGGGUCUACAUGCAGCAGCCUUAACAGCAGCGACAGUAAUUAUGAGAUGCUGGAGAGACAGAUACAGCAGCAGAAAGAUCAAAUUGAUGCUCUCCAGAAGAAGCUUGGGGAACUGUCAGUGAUGGUACAAGAGACAUCUUGCGUUUUUCCUGUGCACUACCAAAACUUUUCAGAACCUGAGUUCAUACAUAUCAAGUGUGUGGCUGGGGAAAAACAGGCCCACCGCAGAUUUCUGCUGGACAAUGGACGGCUGCAGCUGGAACCUGUCAAACUGGCCUUCAGUCUAACAACUGUGGAACUUAUACUUGAUGGAGAGCCCCUUGUGCUUGGUGCUAAUGUAGAUGGCUACAUUCCAAUGCGUUUCUCUCCUGGCAGCUGUCUGCUCAUUACUGGAGUGCCAACUUCUGCCAGCUCACAUCUGAACAAGAAAACUACGCAGUGAAAGCUACAGAAAACUUUUAAUUUUGUCUGUGCUGCUAAGAAUUUAGAAGACCUUUUUAGUGGAAACAUUUUUUGUACAAAAGCUUUGCUAGGGAUUUUUUCCUUUUCAAAACAUCAUUACCUAAACAGUUGUUAUGCUAAUUUUAUAAAUAUUACCAAAACUCCUGGUAAGUUGGAUGGAGUUAGUCAGGAAGAAUAGAGAAAUCCCCAACCCUUAUCACAAUGUCAACAGUUUAAAUGCAAAGAAAAUAUAUGGAUGGUUCUUCAUUGGAUAUGAUUAAUUCAGUCCCUUGACAUGCAUUACUGAAGGGAAAAUAAUAGAUGCAGCAGCAGACUAGGUUGAACAAGCUACUUAAUAAUUUUGGGGAAUAUCAAAUCAAGGCAUGACACCACCACCAGGUCCAACAUGCUAUGUGCAACAAAUACCUCUUUUGGGACAGAAUGUAUGUUCUUGAACAAAUGUCUUCUUGUUCUUAUGUGCUGUGGAAAAUUGUGUGAAAUUAUAGUUGCCAUCUUUUGUAAAAAGAUGUAAUAAAGCAUAUGUGUACAAACAGUAAA